AUGACCAAAAUACAUUAUAAGAAAUUAGAAACGGUUCCGAAAUGGUUCAAGCAUUCUAAACUUGUAUGGGGAUUAUCUGAGCUAAUUUCACAUCUAAGGGAGUUCAAAGGCAGAGUUACCAAGGGAACGCAUGUUAAAUGGUUUUACAAGCACAAGGGACAACAGGGAUACAUUAUUUGGAAAACAGGCGUUAGACAGGAUACAAUAGUGAUGUUUGACAGUGACAUGUGUGACAGGAGGCAGAGAACAGGGAACAGGUGGAACAGGUGGAACAGGUGGAACAGGAACAAUGGGCUAGUUGGGUUUCAAUAA